CGACCCUCAUCGGGCGGGACGUUUUAAUAGCUAAUUCGCUUCUUUUUAAGCUAUUACUUAUAAUCAUGCAUGUACUGACGGUGUCUCUUCUGUGAAGUUUUGCAAGCAAUUUCUUAAUAAUAUGAAUGAACUUGCAAACGGUACUGGCUGUGUAGAUAAGGAAAUCUCCAGUCUAGAUCUGCUGCCACCUUUCCACAAGAUUGUCAUACGGGGACGAAUUUGGCAUUUAUUAUAUAAUUUUGUGCUGGCUUAUUGUGGCCACCGACCGAUUUUAAAAUUUUGCAUGGAAAGACUGUUAGGUCACUUCAUAGAAAAAAAGCCGAAUAAUCCUUAUCACGAGCAGUUCCCACCAAAUCCACAUGUCCCUAACUCACCCAUACCGAGUCGACUGAACGUAAAGGUCUUCACUGAGAGCGAAACGAAGAACAUUAUCCAAGCGUGUAAAGCAAAUAAUUGCACAGUAACUGGAGCUAUCACAGCUGCGGCACAUUUAGCCUUUUGUGAACCUAUACAAGACGACAAAUCGAAAAAUUUGAAGUUAGGGUCCCUCUUUGCUAUCAAUGGUCGACGAUUCUGUGAUACAAAACCGCACGACGAUUACCUGGGCUAUUUUGUGUAUGACAUGCAGGAAUUUUACAUGAAGUAUGUAGCAGGCAGUGGUGUUGAAUUUUGGAAGUUAGCUCAAGAAACUACUCAGCGAAUAAAAGAAUUUGUGAGGAAAGAAGCAUAUGUCGUUGAAGCCAUGGUAAUUAGUGGAAUAAUGAAGCUAAGAGCUAGAACUUUUUAAAUUAUUCAUUAAUGAUAAGUUAUUUCCAAAAUCCGGAUGCAAUUUCAUGUCCAGUUUCGGAUCUUUUCACUUAGGCGAACAGCAGCAUGACACUUAUAAACUACAUGAAUGUAUUAUAAACAGUCUUGUUCAUAAUAUAAACUUCACUUUCUAUCAUUUUAACCACACCAUUAAUGGUAAAAUGACUUGGCAAAUAGCGAGUAAUGUUGCGGUAGAUGGUAAUCACGUUGAGAAAUUUGCUAACCUUUGCUUCUAUAGAAUUAGUAAACUGGCACUUGGUGUAAUGUAAGAGGCAAAGGAAAUUGUUCUCAAUUGCGAAUUAGCAUUUAGAAAAAUGUCAAAACAUUUACAUGAUUAAAUUGUCUGACUG